AUGAAAGAUCGUCCUUAUACCCAACCACCGCUGUCUGUGAGAAACCUAGCAUCUCACACAGCAACAAAUGUAGAUAGAAGUGACAUGCGUACAUCAACACAUCGCCGAUCGCAGGCACAGCAGACGACACCGGCUGACAGACCGACAUGUGUUCCAAAAAUAGAAUACUCAGGAGCACGUGGCCAGCAGCCUUGGACGGAUUCAACGAGUCACACAAGCACGGAUAGAAUUAGUAGUAUAAGGCAACGGAUGGGCCCGUAUAGGCGUGAUAGCACACACUCUAGCGUUCAAGCCGAUUCAGAUGGUGUAGCUAACACCACAGAUGAUGCUGAGCACGUAAGCACUGAAAGCAGCCCAAAGGACGUCACACGUGUACGCAACUGCACACCAUCACGUGUGUGUAGCCACACAGAGCAUGAGCGCACACAGCCACCACGCCCAGUGCAUACUGUCUCACACAGUGGUCUUGAGGAUGUGUGUGAAGUUGUGGGAGACCGUGUAUGUGGUACCGGACAAUUAGAGAGGAAAUUGCAAGAGAUGGAGAGCGAGCUCAUGCGGGUCGCCGGUGAACGCAGGUUUGAGAGACUGCGCGAUGAAGAGGAUUUGCUGCCUGACGAUGAGAAGCUGUACGAUUAUCUGAGUGCACAUUGGGAAGAUAGCAAUCGCAACGCAGCCCUGAUCAACGAAUUCGAGACUCAAAUGCGAGACAUGACAGCCGUGGAGGAGCGGAUAUAUAAGUGUAUUGCCGACAAUACCAGACUAGAGUGUGCACUACGACGGAAAUCAGACUCGCCGAUUCUCAGACCCAAAACGGCUGUAGUUCAUGAUAUGAAACGCAGGCGUGUGCAGAGUAAGAUUGACCUGGUGCAGACUAUAACACGUGGCCUCAUGAUUGGUGCAGGAAUAAACCCGUCGGAUAUAGGCACCACCGAUGCAGAUGAAUAGACACUAUAAUAUAGAGGAUAUAAAAAGACACGGGGAUAACCUGUCAGAUAUUGAAACCUAUAAAAAAGACACGGGGAUAAACCUGUCAGAUAUUCAAAC